CCAGGCAUUGAUUUCUUUUCAUUGUUGUCCGUGCUGGCGUUUAUUAAGUUGUAUUCUGGAAUGGCUUCUGAAAUUAUAGGAUUUCUGUGGGCCACCAUCAAAGCCAAACCGUUGGUGUCACUAGGGCGGUUUGUAUUCUUCGCCUUAAUAGUAAGUCAGUGCUUUUUGCUUGCCUCUUAUCCUGCAAAAUACAAAGACGAUUCAAGCUGGUAUGGUAUAGCUACAGUUCCUUUGUACGGAUCAGCGGUGAUUGUGUGGGUCUGCCUUGUGUCGCCCAAACCUUCUAGAUUCGAGGCAGACUUACGCUCGUCAUUUCUUGUAUGGGGCUUGUACAUUGUGUUCGGCUUGAUUCCUAGUGUAACCAUUGUUUUUGGAGUUACAAGGGCUGGUCUAAGCUCCAAUUCUGCCAAUGCAACUCUCUGUUUCUGCAACGCAACCGCAAACCAUGACACGAAAACACUAGGUCCAGUUAUUCUGAAAGCAACACUCUGCGCAACACCAAUUCUGCUGAUAUUGUUACUGAACACUGCAAACGACGCAAGGAAAUUCAAAGAUGUGGUUUACAAGCUGUGUGUCCAAUUAGCAGUAGAUCUCUUAGAUGCAGUCGAAAUGAUAGACGUAGUUCUGGACGAGCAAGAGCACAACUAUCGUAUCUCUAAAGGAUUUGGCAUAGCAAUGAUUACCGUGGCUUGCAUCAGUUUUCUACUGUCGCUCUGGCCGAUGAUAGAAACUAGACUGGAAGGUAGAAAAGAAACGAUUUCAGCAAUAAUUCGCAACUUUGUUGAAAUAAUUGUCGUAAACUCACCCUUCUUGAUUAUUCGUUUGGUGAUAGUUUUUGAAUAUGGAAAAGACGAGUCAAUCUUUGUCGCCAAGAACAUCAUCGCGAUCAUGCUUUCUAUUCUUGAAAUCCGUGAUAGUCGUGAUAAACUUAACAAUGAGACUUAG